AUGACCUCGUUAGUGGCCUAUGAUGAUUCUGACCAGGAGGAGGAUGAUGGCGCACUCCCUCCUCUUGCCAUCUCUCCCAUGGAUGAUAUUAGUCAGUCCCAAGGAAACCAGAAAUCGUUGGGUUCUAACUUCUAUGGACCAUUAUUACCCAGUCCCCACUACAAACAACUUGAAAUAGGACUAUGUGGUGGUGGUGAUGGUAGGACAGUGUUCGAACCUCACAGGGAGAUUUAUCCCCCUGCGUUGGGUCGCUCAGGGAUUGUGGAGAACAGCUCAAAUGCAAAACCAUACUCUACUCCACAAUACCAUGACUGUGUUAAUUUGACCACAGUGAAGAGGCAUCAGGCUGCACCACCUGGUGUCAGGCCAUACAUUCCCAAGAGACAGAGGUUGGCCACACCAGGAAAUGGAGAAGAACCAACCUCUUUGGAAACGAACGACAAGUCCACUGUCUCCAGGCUGCUGACCGAGGUCUCUGAGCGGGUGCGUCCGUACCUGGGGCCCAGGCCUGGCAGGGCAGCGGUGCCCAGGCGCAUGCAGCUCAGCCUCCAGGCCCACCAGGCUCCAAUCAACAUGAUCCAGUGGUGCCCAGUGCCCCAGCUCAGCCAUCUCCUACUGUCGGCCUCCAUGGACAAGACAGUCAAGGUAACCAUGAUGAUGAUGAUGAUGGUAUUGGGAAUGGAUGUGGUAAAUGGUGUGUGUGUGUGCGCCAUUAAGUGCUCCAUGUUUUCGGUCAUACGUGUGGUAGCGUAAAUCAUAGCCUACACACAGCACAAUUUCACACUUGUGUCAGUCCUAGGGGCAGGCAAGUGGGUAAUCAGUGUACAGAUUAUAUGACAAUCAAUGUAAGUGGCUCACCACGUUACAGACGGUAAGAUGGAUGAUAACCGUCUUGCAGUGAGAUGGAGACAUAGAGACAUGCUGCCUUUAGAAACUCCUCUGUCACUGUCAGAGCAAUGUGUGUCGGGGCCCAUGGGCUUUCCUUUCCUCCACUCCUACCUACUAGUGUUGUCACGAUACCAGAAUUUUGACUUCGAUACCAUGUUUAGUAUCACGAUACUACAUACCAAAACAAUACCCAAAUGAUACCACGGCAAAAAAAGAAUGGGUAUUAGCCAAAGUCACAGGAUGGCACUUGAUCCAGACAUCAAUAUAAUUACAUUGAUUUUUGAAUGUAUGCUUUAAUUAAUCAAUUAUACAAUCAUACAAUCAAUAUGACUUUAGUUUUUUUUACCAAUCUAACUACAUAACAGCAUAAUGGUAAUCAUUUAUUUGAAUUGUAAAUCUCUAUUGAUAAACUGGGUAACUCAAGAUGUAUCCUAGGCCUAUACACAAUACAGGUGAAUGCAUUGAGUUAUUGAGCUUGUUUUGGCUGAUUUCAUGAGGCUAUAGAUGGAAAACAAUCUAUUUACCUUCCAUUUGGGACUUAUUUUAUUGUACUGAUCAACAUUUGCAUAGAAGCAGUCUCUUCUUUUAUAAAAGUGACGCUAUCUCUAAGAUCCAUGAUGUCAUUCACACACAAAGUCCGUUCGAGGCUCGAGCCAAGAUGAUCUUGACUGGGAGAGACGUGAGGCGGGGGAGACAAAGUGAAUGAAUAACAUUUUGGUGACAGUCAGCAAUAUUUUGCGUUAUGGUUUGCAUAUCACAAGCAAGGUACUAGGGUAGUGAAUUGAUGUUUGCUUCAGCUGUAAGCUAGCAAGGAAAGUUAACCUACAAAGCUGGAAGCUACCGGUAUUUUCUUGCAUUGUGGUGUUCUAGCCUGUACUGGACAUUGUUUUGGGAACCGUAAUUAGCUAGCAGUUUCAACAUUUCUACAUAUCGUGUUGCAUUAUUUAAGUGUGUUAACUUAUUUGCAGCCUAAGCAGUGAUGCAGCAUAAACUCCCAGUGGGCUCACUGAGUAUGUUUACAUGCACACUAAUAAUUCGAUCUAAAAGUGAUUAUGCAGAGUAUGGAAAUACCUUACUCUGCUUAUCUUUUUUGGUACUUUUUUUAUCCCUUUUUCUCCUCAAUUGCGUGAUAUCCAAUUGGUAGUUACAGUCUUGUCCCAUCGCUGCAACUCCCGUACGGACUCGGGAGAGGCGAAGGUCGAGAGCCAUGCAUCCUCCGAAACACGACCCCGCUAAGCCGCACUGCUUCUUGACACACUGCUCGCUUAACCCAGAAGCCAGACGCACCAAUGUGUUGGAGGAAACGCUGUACAGCUGGCGACCAAAGUCAGCGUGCAUGCACCCGGCCCGCCACAAGGAGUCACUAGAGCGCGAUGGGACAAGGACAUCCCAGCCGGCCAAACCCUCCCCUAACCUGGACGACGCUGGGCCAAAUUGUGCGACGCUGGGCCAAUUGUUCGCCACCUCAUGGGUCUCCCGGUCGAGGCCCGGUAUCGAACCCGGAUCUGUAGCGAUGCAGUGCCUUAGACCGCUGCGCCACUCGGGAGGCCUUUACUCUGCUUAUCUUAAGGUCAAAAUCGAAGUAGGCAUACACCAAUUAAAACCCCUGGUUUUCAGAGCAAUCUUUCAAAUUUUGCGUUCCAGUGUUGUAUUUGAUCUGCGCAUGUGGCAGCACUGGUAGCGCCUCCCUCUUAUGCCGAGUGAAGAGAGUUCAGAAAAACUAUAAGUAUGCAUCUUAGAAAUAGUUUUCACGUACAAACUUUAUAUGUCCGAACUCCGAAUCAAAUAGGCUUCGCAAAAAUAACAUGGUCACUGUUGUAGAACGUUUAUUUUGAUUGGCAAUUUUCUGCAUGAAUUUAAAUCCCAUCAGGUAGCCUGAUUUCAGAUGUGUCCAUGUAAACAGGAUUAUUAGGGAAAUCGUUCUUCUUGCAAAGCAUGUAAACUUUUUAAACAAACUAUUUAUAUUAAUUCUGUGCAACUUCCGGCGCGUGUUUACUGUGAACACUGAGGCUGUACCCGCUUUAAUUUACUGUUUUAACAGUGGCCAACUAGGCUACUGUGGCUAUUUGAUCAUAAUGUAGGCCUACCAGAGUGGCCUAUUAUAAAAAAAACAAUGGAGAAAAUGCAUCACAUAACAUUUUAACAUGAAAAUAGUGGUUUUAUCAUUCAGUCUACAGUAGCAGCCAAUGUGUGGUGUUCAAUGUAGGCCUACAUUCCAUGAGACUUGAAAAAACUAAACGUGCAGGGCUUGACAUUAACCGGUUUAUCCACUUGUCCUUCAGACAAGGUGACUGAACAUUUUGUGUGUUUUAAUGUAAGAAACCACUUUACAAAAUAAAAUUAAUUAUUGUUCCCAUACCAUUAUUACAGAAAAUCAGAAAAAUUAUGAUACCCUCUGCCUAUUGGCUACUUAGCUUAUUCAAGCCUGUCUCAAAAUACAACACUGCCCCUUUUUAAAACAUAAAAAAAAGCUCUGUACCUGACUUGCUUUUCAAAGAUGGCUAGAAAUGUACACAUUUUGUGCUCUUGUAGGAAGCAAUCACUCUCACAUUGCUGACUACAAUUUAGCUAUAACUGGGCUAAUAACUAAUUAACUAGUAAAGAAUAUGAACAAAUGUUGCAGUGCUCGCUUUGAUCUCAAAAUAAGCGCAUAAUAAUCGUGACUGCUCAUGCUGUAAAACAGUCCAGUUCAAGGUGAAUGGCACAAAUCCAUAUAUGGCAAGGGUCUAUUUGCAAAUAGGCCUGCUGCAGCUCUGCUUCGUUAUGACGCACCAGUCUGUGUAGAGUACGGGCCUGUGUCAUGCCUGUCAAUGCAAUAGAAUCCUAUUCUGAUGCACUCUGCCUACAACAAAAUCUCUUGCAUAGUUUGUUUUGUUUCGGUAUGCUGCAUCGAAAGUGGCUAAUAUUGCAUUGAUUCGAUCACAAUUCCCACAGUAAAGGGAAACAUUAAUAGUGUUAACUAAUGGGGAAAACUCUAGAAAGUUGAGCGAUGUUCAAUCUCUUGCUUCUCUCUGCUGGCUGAUAUUUUUUCUGCAAGGCAGUCCUGGAGGAGCUGCGCACCCGCGCUCAGCUUAGAGGGAACAUUGCAUGUAACCGUGCUCAGUGUUUCCUCAUGGCAGGCUAGAGCUAGCAAUGAGUAAGUGGAGCAGGCAUGGGGAUCUCGCGCUAUGGGAACAUCAGCUGAUCUGAUGGACAGACUUGAUCCUCUCUCAAUCAGUUGACUUUGUGAGACACAUUUGACAGAAGUACCGAAAGUUUAAAAAAAGUUAUAGUACCGAACCGUUUUUCAUGUUCUAGUAUCGAGAAAGUACUGACGUUUCGGUAUUCCGUGCAACACUAAUACCUACCACAUUUUACAAGGGUCGUAUGGCACCAAAUGGAAGAAAACUGAAUGAAACUGGGAGAGACUACCUUAACUUACCCAAUAAGAAAUUAUUGUUUUCAUUUUCUGUUGCAAAAUGUUUUGCUACGGUGUGCCCCAAUUAAUACGACCCAGGAAGACCAACGUUUACCUAAUGUAACCCCGGUUCUAUGAUAUUAUGAGUGAUGUCUCUCACUUUGGGUAGCGCCUUGUUAGUGGCGGAGUCUAGGAAGAUCCAAUCACACAACGUCUGUCAGACAGGAGCAACGACCAAUAGUGGACCAACCCACUUCCCAUAUAAGUCAAUCAUCUCACAAAUAAUUUGAAUGGGGCACCCAAUUGGAAUAUGCAAUGUAAAUAUUUUCAAAGUUCCUCCAAGGAAACAAAAAUGGGUGCCCAGCUGAGGAAGGGGGGGACAGGUCAGUAGGGGACACGGGUAGGUCAGAAGAGGACCCUAUGUCCCUGGCCAGCCCUGUUCUUUUGUAGGUGACUAUUUGUCAUUUAGCUGCAGGAGAGAGAUGUUUGUAGCUGUACACAAUCACCAUGUUGACAGCAGGUGUCUCGCCGUAGUGUUUACGUUGAUAACAUGAAGACAAUUUUUAUAUUUGUUAUUACUUAGAACCCAUUAGGAGGCUGAUUUUAAAGAACGAGUCAUUUGCAAGGACUUGAAGUGACCAGUGAAAUGGAAAAUGUUGUAAACAUUCAUUCUCUACAUUAAGCCUACACAUUUACACCUACUGUCAGAAUCUCUCCUUUAGAGGGCAGUGUUUCCCUUACAAUGAUUAUUUAGCUGAACUUGUUUAGAUGUUACUGUUGAUGUUGUUCAUGAUAGAGACGGAAAUAGUAUUGUACAGUUCACCUACUCCAGUAUAUUUCAUUUUCAGCUCUUUUUUUGUGUUGCUCUGGCAUUCCCUCAAAAUGUCUUCACUGCUUUACAUUUCCAAAAUAUUCACCCUCGCCUGUAAGCUUCUAGGGGAUUCUGUUUGGUAAAGGGCAGCAAAGAAGGAGCUUGUUCCUGGAUUGACAUGUCACACAUUCCAGUCGACUCUCUCUGGAGUAUGGGAGCUGUCAUACUUCUCCAUGCUCUUUUAUGCUCUGUGCAGUACAGUGUUCAAUAAUGAAAUAGACGGAGACGGAUCUGGCUCACAGAUCUUCAAAGACCCUCUGUGGGUCUGGAUAUGCUAGGGCAUAGAAACUUCUCAUCAUUAGUUUUGGCCUUCACACAUGAGACCACCCACUCAAUUUCAGACGUUUCCCCGGGGAGACUUUUCCAAAGGGGCUGGCAGAUGCUUUCUUUUGACACUGAGAUGUCUCCAAUAGCACCGACAGUUGGCCCCAGUGCCCCCUACUUGAAUCAGGGUUUGUCAGGUUCGGCAAGCCUCUAAUUAAACUCCAAAGUGUGAACACUACUUAUUUGAACCAGCGCCACUUCAGUUGUCAUUGGGCUCCUGUACGUCUGUUUUUGCAGCCUUCCUCUUGUCAAGCACUAGAAACACAAAGCGGUGAAGCAUUGAACAACACAAUCACGCUCGUGACAGGCUGGUGCACUCUUUUUCCUUUGUCUCUUCACGACUAGGAUCAGAGAAGCCUGCACAAAUCACAAAAUCAUUUAGCUGUUUCUUGCUAGAGAUUGAUUUAUGGCACUCACAAUGGUAAUUAGCUAGAUAAAUUAAUUAGUGAGGGCUGUCUUGCUUUUUUAAACCCUCAAAAUAAACCCUAAUUUACAACCGAAUGAAGCCAAUUUGUCAGCACUUUGCGUUUUGUUAAAAUAGAACACCUUUAAAGGUCCAAUACAGCAGUCUUCAUCUCAAGAUCAAAUCAUUUCUGGGUAACAAUUAAGUACCUUAUUGUGAUUGUUUUCAAUGAAAAUGGUAAAAAAUAAAAAAAUAGUGUGGAAAUAUACACUGAACAAAAAUAUAUAAAUGCAACAUGUAAAGUGUUGGUCCCAUGGUUUCAUGAGCUGAAAUAAAAGAGCCCAGACAUUUUUCUAUAUGCACAAAAAGCUUUUUUCUCUCAAAGUUUGCGCACUUUGUUUACAUCCCUGUUAGUGAGCAUUUUGCCUUUUCCAAGAUAAUCCAUCCACCUGACAGGUGUGGCUAAUUAAGAAGCUGAUUAAACAGCAUGAUCAUUACACAGGUGCACUCUAAAAUGUGCAGUUUUGUCACAAAACACAAUGCCACAGAUGUCUCAUGUUUGGAGGGAGCGUGUAAUUGGCAUGCUGACUGCAGGAAUAUCCACUAGAGCUGUUGCCAGAUAAUUUAAUGUUAAUUUCUCUACCAUAGGCCGCCUCUAACAUCGUUUUAGAGAAUUUGGCAGUAUGUUCAACCGGCCUCACAACCGCAGACCACGUGAAUGACAUGUGGGCGAGCAGUUUGCUGAUGUCAACGUUGUGAAUCGAGUGCCCCGUGGUGGUGGGGUUAUGGUAUUGGCAGGCAUAAGCUACGGACAGCAAACACAAGGGAAUUUUAUCGAUGGCAAUUUGAAUGCACAAAAAUACCGUGACGAGAACCUGAGGCCCAUUGUGACGUCCAUUUUAUUUUAAGGUAUCUGUGACCACAGAUGCAUAUCUGUUUUCCCAGUCAUGUGAAAUCCAUAGAUUAGAGCCUAAUUAAUUUAUUUCAAUUGACUGAUUUUCCUCAUGAACUGUAACUCAGUAAAAUCAAUGAAAUUGCUGCAUGUUGCGUUUAUAUUUUUGUUGUGUGUGUAUGUAUGUAUGGUGGGACUGGUGCACUUCACAAAACAGAUGUCAUCAUGAGGAAGGAAAAUUAUGUGGAUAUAUUGAAGCAACAUCUCAAGACAUCAGUCAGGAAGUUAAAGCUUGGUCUCAAAUGGGUCUUCCAAAUGGACAAUAACCCCAAGCAUAUGUCCAAAGUUGUGGCAAAAUGGCUUAAGGACAACAAAGUCAAGGUAUUGGAGUGGCCAUCACAAAGCCCUGACCUCAAUCCUAUAAAAAAUGUGUGGGCAGAACUGAAAAAGCAUGUGCGAGCAAGGAGGCCUACAAACCUGUCUCAGUUACACCAGCUCUGUCAGGAGGAAUGAGACAAAAUUCACCCAACUUAUUGUGGGAAGCUUGUGGAAGGCUACCCAAAACGUUUGACCCAAGUUAAACAAUUUAAAGGCAAUGCUACCAAAUACUAAUUGAGUGUAUGUAAACUUCUGACCCACUGGGAAUGUGAUGAAAGAAAUAAAAGCUGAAAUAAAUCAUUCUCUCUACUAUUAUUCUGACAUUUCACAUUCUUAAAAUAAAGUGGUGAUCCUAACUGACCUAAAACAUAGAAUUUUUACUAGGAUUAAAUGUCAGGAAUUGUGAAAAACUGAGUUUAAAUAUAUUUGGCUAAGGUGUAUGUAAACAUCCGACUUCAACUAUACAGCUCUGGAAAAAAUUAAGAGACCACUGCAAAAAUAUAAGUUUCUCUAGUUUGACUAUUUAUAGGUUUGUGUUUGGGUGAAAUUAACAUUUUAGUUUUAUUCUAUAAACUACUGACAACAUUUCUCCCAAAUUCCAAAUAAAAAAUAUUGUCAUUUAGAGCAUUUAUUUGCAGAAAAUGACAACUGGUCAAAAUAACAAAAAAGAUGCAGUGUUGUCAGACCUCGAAUAAUGCAAAGAAAAUAAGGUCAUGUUCAUUUUUAAACAACACAAUACUAAUGUUUUAACUAAGGAAGAGUUCAGAAAUCAAUAUUCGGUGGAAUAACCCUGAUAUUCAAUCACAGCUUUCAUGCGUCUUGGCAUGCUCUCCACCAGUCUUUCACAUUGAUAUUGGGUGACUUUAUGCCACUCCUGGCGCAAAAAUUCAAGCAGCUCGGCUUUGUUUGAUGGCUUGUGACCAUCCAUCUUCCUUUUGAUCACAUUCCAGAAGUUUUCAAUGGGGUUCAGGUCUGGAGAUUGGGCUGGCCAUGACAAGGUCUUGAUCUGGUGGUCCUCCAUCCACACCUUGAUUGACUGUGAGUGGCAUGGCGCAUUGUCCUGCUGGAAAAACCAAUCCUCAGAGUUGGGGAACAAUGUCAGAGCAAAAGGAAGCACGUUUUCUUCCAGGACAACCUUGUACGUGGCUUGAUUCAUGCGAACUUCACAAAGACAAAUCUGCCCGAUUCUAGCAUUGCUGAAGCAUCCCCAAAUCAUCACCUAUCCUCCACCAAAUUUCACAGUGGGUGCGAGACACUGUGGCUUGUAGCCCUCUCCAGGUCUCUGUCUAACCAUUAGACGACCAGGUUUUGUCAAAGCUGAAAAUUGGACUCAUCAGAGAAGAUGACCUUACUCCAGUCCUCUAUGGCCCAAUCCUAAUGUUCUUUUGCAAACCUCAGCAUGGCUCUUCUUUGCUUCUCAUGGAUGAAGGGCUUUUUUCUAGCUUUGCACGACUUCAGCCCUGCCCCUAAGAGCCUGUUUCGAACCGUCCUCGCCGUGCACUUCACCCCAGCUGCCGUUUGCCAUUCUUUUUGUAGGUCACUUGAUGUCAUCCUACGGUUGUUGAGUGACAUUCGAAUGAGUUGGCGGUCAUCCCGGUCAGUAGAGUCGUUUUCGCCCUCUGCUGGUCUGUAGCUUUGUUGUCCCCAAUGUCUGCUGCUUGACCUUGUUCUUAUGAACCGCCGUCUUUGAAAUUUUAAGGAUGGAAGCAACCUGACGCUCACUGUAUCCCUCUGCCAGUAAAGCCAGAAUUGAACCCUUCUUUUCCUCACUCAAAACCUUCCUUUUCAACUCUUUUGGCAUGGUCAAUAGUUAUUUUUUUAUUAAUAUUACUUUUGAGGUACUAUUAGCACUGUUUUUGCCAUCCAGCUGGUCCUAUUGCAAGAGGAUAGUGAUGACCACAGCAGUGUUUGUUUUAUACUUUUCCUCGUUAAAUAAGAUUUGGUUCAUGUGAUCACCUAAUCAGUACUUAAUUCAGUAGAAUGAGGUGUGCCUGUGUUGGAAUUCAACAGAUACUGGAAUGGAAUGGCUGUCAUACAUGUAGAUUGCCAUUUAUCCUUCUCAAAAAUAAUUCACUGCCAUUCUAAAGGACUGUGUGGCUGCCUGGGGCCCCCGAUGUGGGAGGCAGCAAAGAGGAUGAGAGAUUUGUUUACACGUACAGCAGCCCAUGGAUUUUAGGUCGCCGCCAGAUCAUUAUCUCAGCGUGAUCCUACUAGUAGGUGUGGAUUGCCGGCUUUACCUCAAUUGCCUUGUCACAUUGACAUUCAUUCACGCAGUCUGAAAGUAGAAUUUUUAAAUAUCUUAUGCAAUUCAUAAUAGAUGUCACUCAACCAUGGAUACAGACACAUUGUUGUUAGUUGUUACUGCUCAGAUGCUUUAGGCUUAGUAAUUUGACUUUUCCUGUUGGUAAAAAAAAGAACUGGGCGGAAAGGCACUCUGGCUAGCUUCAGUUCUCUGUAGUGUCCAGACUCCUGAUGGCAAUGAAAAGAGACUGACAGGACUUAUUAGACCAGUGGCCCUGUCAUAAUGUCACAGGCUCUGUCUCACCAGCUCUGGACAGCGAAUAUCCAUCACAUAGCUCUUGUUCUCCACCAAAGCCAUUGAUCUAGGUGGACAUGUUUUGUAGUGUUUGCUUGUGGACUUCAUUUUGCACAAACCCUUGAACCAAUGUGCUAUUGGAGGCAAAAUGCCUUUAAUUGAAGAUGUUUAAUCUACAGUGGAGAGUUUUAAUUUUUUAUAUCCCUCCUGCAUACACUUAGCAAUAUGAUCGUGGGACAGGCAACUUUUUAUUUUAUGAAAUCAACAAAAUUCAUGCUUUGAGAAAGGGCACAUUUGAAUGAUGUUGUUGAUGAUUUCUGUAAGCAGGAAGUUGCCCUGCUGUGUGUGAUUUCAUAUGGCCGACUCGUUGCCAAAAUGAAUGGUGCCACUGUAAGUGUUUAUGCUCAACAUUUGCACAACAGAGUUUCAUUGUGAGUUACAGGCCUAUGUGUUUCAGUGCUAAAAUACCUGUUACACCAGAGGUGUGAAAGAAUAUGUCCAACUUGUUGAAUAAAAAACCUGAGGCAACCUGUUUUAAUGUAGUCAAAUUUAUUUGAAUUGAAGAACCGUGAAAGAAACCAAUGAGUAUCCAUAUUUUAUAGAGUAUCCAUCUUUUUUCCUAUAAUUUAUAGGGAAAUUGUCCAGGUUGAAAGCCCCCAUAUUACUGAUUACUUAGCCGAAGUGUGAAUGUAGCACGCUCCUUAAAGAACAUACUUUAUUCCGAUACAGAAUAAUGCAUGUGAUUAAAAAGCCUCUUUGUGCUCUCUCUGUGCGGUGUAUGAGAAUUCCCAUUACAACUGAUAAAGUUCCUCAAAACAUGACUGUCUCUAAUUAACCACUGCACUGUGUCCAGGGGUGUAUUCACUAGGAACCAAACGGAAGCAAAUGGGACGAAACGGGCAGCGAACUACCUGAAUUGGUCCAAUAAGAAACUCGUUUUCAAAAACGUUUUGCUAUGGUUUGCACUAUGGGUGCGCAGGGUCAGCUGUUUGUUCACCCACAACCGCCUGCAAUCGCUAACAACCCAUCUGCAACUGCCCGACUAUAUGUGGUAGUGAAAAUCUGAGGCCCGACCCUAACCUGCAAAUAUAGAAAAUGCGCUAUAGACUACAGCCAAAGACGGCAGAACAAUUUUUUGACAGGGUGUGCAGGAUUUGUUGUUGUUGCCUGAUUUUAGAUAUGUUUCUGCUUAUAAUUUCCAACAUUUUGGUAGGCUAUUUGUUAGUCAACUUGUCUAUAAAUUAGAUACAGUGCUGUGAAAAUGUAUUUGCCCUCUUUCAAAUGUUCUCUACUUUUGCAUAUUUUUGAUACUGAAUGUUAUCAGAUCUUCAACCAAAACCUAAUAUUAUAUAAAGGGAACCUAAGUGAACAAAUAGCACAUCAACUACAAUGCCCCUGUGUGAAAAAGUAAUUGCCCCCUUACACUCAAUAACUGGUUGUUCCACCUUUUAGCUGCAAUGACUCCAACCAAACGCUUCCUGUAGUUGUUGAUCAGUCUCUCAUGUCGCUGUGGAGGAGUUUUGGCCCACUCUUCUAUGCAGAACUGCUGUAACUCAGCGACAUUUGUGGGUUUUCAAGCAUGAACUGCUCAUUUCAAGUCCUUCCACAACAUCUCAAUUGGGAUUGGGUCUGGACUUUGACUAGGCCAUUCCAAAACUUCAAAUGUGUUGCUUUUUAGUCAUUUUCAUGUAGACUUGGUUGUGGACGACAAGAGUCCCAUUAUGCCUGGCCAAAAAACCAAACACUGCAUUCCACAGUAAGAACCUCAUACCAACGGUCAAGCAUGGUGGUGGUAGAGUGAUGGUUUUAGGGAUGCUUUGCUGCCUCAGGACCUGGACAACUUGCCUUAAUAGAAGGAACCAUGAAUUCUGCUCUGUAUCAGAGAAUUCUACAGGAGAAUGUCAUGCCAUCCGUCUGUGAGCUAAAGCUCAAGUGCAGCUGGGUCAUGCAGCAAGACAAUGAUCCAAAACACAUAAUCAAUUCUACAUGAAAAUGGUUAAAAAGCAACACAUUUGAAGUUUUGGAAUGGCCUAGUCAAAGUCCACACCUAAUCGCAAUUGAGAUGUUGUGGCAGGACUUGAAAUGAGCAGUUCAAGCUUGAAAACCCACAAAUGUCGCUGAGUUAAAGCAGUUCUGCAUACAAGAGUGGGCCAAAAUUCCUCCACAGCGAUGUGAGACUAAUCAAAACGACAGGAAGCAUUUGUUUGGAGUCAUUGCAGCUAAAGGUGGCACAACCAGUUAUUGAGUGUAAUGGGGCAAUUAUUUUUUCACACAGGGGAAUUAGGUGUUGCAUAACUUUGUUAAUUCAAUAUAUAGAAUAAGUUUAAAAAAAUAUAUAUAUAGAUAUAUAUUUGUAAACGCAGGUUCCCUGUAUCUAAAAUAUUAGGUUUUGGUUGAACAACAUUCAGUAUAAAAAAAUAUGUAAAAAUAGAGAAAAUCAGAAAGGGGGCCAAUACUUUUAGGAAAUAUUUUCUUUGCAAAAUGUCCAAAUGACAUCAGUUUGACCAGUUGUAAGGAAAAUGAAAGCUGUGAAAACGACCCACCGUGUUUCUGAUAAGAUUUCAGUUCGGCUUGGAUGCAUAUUUUAUGUGGUUGAAAUACUAUCAGCUGUUAUGAUGCUAAUAAAGAUAGCACCUUAACAGAUGGUAUCUAACUGAGCAUUUGCAUUCUCUCAAGAUGCUAAAAGAAAUCAAUCAUAUUUCUCCACUCCUGUUCCCGAGUAAAAAUGUAGCCUACAUUUGGUGUAUCAUUUUACUGCAAGAAAUGCUUCAUUCUAAAGGAGUAAUUUUAAGGCUAUGUGAGAGGUUAUAGACCUACAGUCAGUGUCCAGAUUUCAGUUUCCAUUUAACCCGUCUGAACAGUAGGCUACAGUUCCCUUGACAUGCCAUAGGCCUAUUUGUAGACCCCAUCUUGUGAUUGUCGAAUUUGUAUAGAGCCUCACAAUCAUCACACAUAACAUAGCCGGCACUGCUAUCAUCCUCUUUAACCACUUCACCAAAUCUUUCCCAAACAUGACUUUUCUGGCCCUCCCUUCUCUUUAUUUUCAACUCUCCUUUCGCGCCUUUUGCACUUAUUGAAUUAAACAUUGUCCUUUUUGCCUCCCUGGAUUGACAUUAACUUUUUCUGCCCGUUCCCAAAAGCAUUUGGCAAUUGGCGUGUAGGCUAUUUGGCGCGUGUACAGUUAGGCCAUACAGCUUAGGCUUAUGCACUAAUGCCAGAUAGCCUGAAAGAAAAACCUCAAUGUAGCCUAUAGAUAUAAAUUGCACAAGAAUAAUACAUUUAUGGUUUUUUAAGAUAUUGUUUUCUCUUUAUUUAACCCGCAUGUCACCCACCCGCCUUUCAUCCACAUAAUAUUUCAUGACCCUAAACCCGUCCACCCCACCGGGACUGCGGGUUCUGAGUAAACCCGCGCAUCACUAGUUUGCACUAAUGAAUAAUCUGUGUUGCAGAUUUGGGAUGGUGCAGAGAGUGGGCAGUGCCUGCAGGUAUACUCCUCCCACUCGGGGGCGGUGCGAGAUGCCUGUUGGUCCCCCUGUGGGCGACGCCUCCUCACUGGCUCAUUUGACAACACGGCCUUGGUGACGGACGUGGAGACAGGUGAGCAACACUCUCUGGGACAAUGGAAGUCACUGGUAUUUCAUAUUGGUGACCAACAAUGUUUUUUUUGUAUUUUCUUUUGAUUAGUUUAGGUCUACUAGUAUCCAUUCUACAUGUAUUUACCACAGAUACUCCAAGAUCUAACAUCAGAUUUUGUGUUAUGAACAUUAGACCAUUGAAAAAUGCCAUAUGUAGAAAAAACCCAAUUAUGGAAAAUUGUUAAGACAAAUGGCAUUUGAUAAGACUGAUCAAAUUGUGAACUUAAAAACCUGUGCACUUAAAAACUGGCAUAUCCAAGGUAAGUAGAACAUCUUGUAAAAUCCUAUUUGGAGUGAUCCAUCCCCUUAAAUCCUCCCGUAAUGCAUAUCCUAUUUUCUUAAAUGUUUUUUCAACCGUAAACACAUGUAAGUAAGCGCGUUGGUUUAAAGCUCCCAGUGGCACUCCAUCUUUUAGGUCACCACAUGAUUAGUCAUUGCAGCGUGCACUUCCUCUCCCCGUGUGACUGUCGAUUCUGCCAAUAAAGCCCCUGGAUAUUUGCUUCACCCGCCCAUUAAAUACCCUGGCAGCUCGGGGUAAGUGAUCGAUAGCAGAUCCACAGGCAGAAUCCAGCAUGCCCACACACCACCAACCCUCAGUCACCAGACUGCUGUGACAUUAUCUCCUGUUUACCCUUCAUGUCGUUGGUUACAGAGUGUGUUGACUCAAUGGAGGACUGACCCAGCAAACAGGGGAUGUCUGAGCGUUCUUGGAAAGUUACAACAUGAUGUUUACCUCAGUUUGGUUGCAAAAUAACAUUACAGUAAGGACUCUUGAUGACCAUUUGGCGUGACAGUUGGGCUCCAUCAGUGAACUUUUACACUGGUAGGCCAGCACUCUUGAAUACCGGUAUGCUGUCCUUAUACUUACAUUUACAUUUUAGUCUUUAGCAGCGCUCUUAUCUUACAGAGCAAUUGGGGUUAGUGCCUUGCUAGGGCAGUCAUUUAGCUAUUAGCCGCGACUCCAAUUGCGUUACCCUAUGCCUGGGAUCCACUUAAAUUGGGGGGGGGGGGUAGAGACUUACUUUAUCCUAUCAGGUAUUCCUUAAGAGUUGGGGUUCAAAUGUCUCGAGUGGAGUGCCCGCUGUGGGGUGGGGGGGGGGUAGAAGAUUACUUAUAUCUAUCCAGGUAUCCUUAAAAGGUGGGUUCAAUGUCCCGGAGUUGAGCCCGGUGUGUUGGGGGGGGGUGGGAGGGGUAGAAGGUUACUUAUCCAUCCAGGUAUUCCUAAGGGUGGGGUUCAGUUCCGAGUGCGUGAGUGACUCCGUGUGGGUGGGGGGGGGGGGCAGCAGGGAGACUGUCUCCCUUUAUCUGCGCGGGACUAGGCCCCUGCACUGAGAAGCCUCUACAGACCAUGACUAGUUAAUCCCUCGGAUGGCGCAUUGUGAUGCCAUUGAGAUAAUUAGAAUAUCAAUGCAGCAGCAUUUGAUGUCCCGAGCUGGAGUGGCGUGCUUGUGUUUGGAACAUCAGCUCGUAAUCAACAGAUGUGAUUGAUUGGCUCUUGAUGCUCUUCAAUAAAGCAGAAGCUCUCGGCUGCAACGAGAAAGGCUGGGUUCUUUAGAUGAUGGGCCCUCAAUGUAAACAGCACAGCUCUUGGCUGUCUGGCUGGCUUUUGGAGAGCCUGCACUUACAGUGCCUUCAGAAAGUACUCAUACCCCUUGACUUAUUCCACAUUUUGUUGUGUUACAGCCUGAAUUCAAAAUGGAUUAAACAGAUUUUAUUUUCACCCAUCUACACACAAUACCCCAUAAUGACAAAGGGCUUACUAAAAUGUAACAUUGGUGAGGGAGACUUUAACACUGCUUAUAGAAGUCUUGGUUGUGUGUGGGAUUAAUUAAUGAGGAGUCGCAUGGCCCUGAGGCACAUUUUACAUAGCCUUUGACAGGUCUGCUGCCUGGGCAUAGUCUGGAACGGUCCCCUUGCAGGUUUGUACUAUACGUUCCGACGGUUUCCUGGGGAAACAUUGGGCUGUCGCACCCUUUCAGGCUUAAUUACAUUUAAGCCCUGCAAUGUUUUGUUUUUGUUUUGAAGCUCAACAUCACUAUAAUUUAAUAAGAAAUGCUUGCUGACACUCGCUGGCCAAAACAGUGGAUUUUUGUUUAGUUUUUUAAAACAUAUUUGUAUCAUUUCUUUGUCAGUUUAAAUUAGCUUUUUAUCUGGACUUUUUACUGGUGUGAGAUAAAAGCUGCUUUUGGUUUUCAAAUACUAAUUUGUUCUACAUGGUUAAGGGCAUAGUUCCAAAAAUAUCACAGGACUGUUUCCCAAAUGUCUCAUACUUUAUUUAGGUAUCACUGAUGCAUUGUGCCAAAACAUUGUGCUAACUGGGUUUGUCAUAUAUGGUACAUGAUGUUGAAAACCAACCACCGCAAGCAGGGGUUCCCUAGGGGGACCAAAAAUGUCCUGGGGUGGCGCAAGACCUUCCUCGAUCUGAGGGCUUCUUUGACUUUGAAAUGGCUCUGUGUCCAAUUGCUCUGUCAUAUAUGCUUUUAUCCAAGUCGUCAUUUUUCCGUACUCAUCUCCUGUUUGUAAAAUAUUUGCUAGAGGUUUGUGAUGGUGGUUUCUGUGUUUGGUUCUUCAGGACAGCAGAUCGUGAAGGUGGGCAACCAGUUCAAGGUGAUGUGCUUGGCAGUGCAGCCCAACGACCCUGAAGUGUUCCUGUGUGGGGGUUACAGCGCAGAGGUCAAGGCCUGGGACGCCCGUACCUGCAAGGUCAGCUGCAUCAUUAACCCUGUCUUCUCUCCAGAACUGUAGGCCUAUCCCUGUUAGACUAGUAUUUGUUUUCUUUGAAAUACCUUCGUAAUGGAAACAUGUGCAAACCUCACCCAUCUGGCACUCUAGGCAGGCUCUAUCAAACACUCAAUUUGAUAGUUGUUCCCAGGUCUGAUCUCUCUGUGGCUGUCCGUCACCGAGACAGAGAGAGUCAUCUGAGCUAACAGCACUGUCAAGGCAUGCUAAUCUACACUAUGGUGCACUGCACCCCUUCUGGCAUGAGUUCAGGCUGGCAUGUUCCCAAGUGGCUAGCCACUAGUACAUUUUAAUGCAUAAGCAAUUUGUUCUGCCAGUAGGUGUCAAUGUAUGUUGCAGAGGAAGUGGAAUUGUCAAUUUAUGCCCCAUCUUCUCUGUUUCCCCAGGUGGAGAGGGUGUACAGGGCAGGGAUCCAGCAGACUCUGGCCAUCCUGUUCCUGACUGGGGGCAGGGAGUUUGUGACCAGCAGUGACUCGGUCAGCCGGGAUUCUGCCGAGCGCACGCUCAUUGCCUGGGACUUCCAAACCACCGCUAAGGUCUCCAAUCAGAUCUACCAUGUAAGUAAGACCAGGGUUGUGUUCAGUAGGGAAUACUGUAUCAAAACAAUUAGCAACAGAAAAUGUAUAUGAUAGUUUCUUGUUGGACAAUUUCAGUUAGUUCCUCCCUAGUUCUCUCCGUUUCAAAGUGUUGCCAACCUAUGGGACAUGGCCUAGAUAGCUUGUCUCACCUCAGCCAUGUUGUUCCUGCUGCUGCAAACAUACUGUACCUGGAAGGAGCAAAGAAAAUCUCUCAACUAGUUAUAAAGUACUUUAUCUACUGAUUUAUUUAUGCAUCUAUCUUAAAAGCGGCAAUCUACGAUUGGUAAAUCCAUUUUUUUACUUUUAAAUUAAUUAUAUAUAUAUACCCAUUGAUUCUCGAAGAAUAUAACAUAGAAAUGCAGCUCAGUUUAUUUGUCAUACGCCAUCAGAACUCAAAAUAUAAGCUUCUUUUACUCCAAUGUUUGUUAACAAUGUAAAUGUAAAUAAACACAAUAUAGCCUCAAAGCAUGAAUAAAACUAUACUGAAGAAAAAUAUAAAUGCAACAUUCAACGAUUUUACUGAGUUACAAUUCAUAUAAGGAAAUCAGUCAAUUGAAAUAAAUUCAUUAAGCCCUAAUCUAUGGAUUUCACAUGACUGGGCAGGGGCACAGCCAUGGGUGGGGCCUAGGAGGGCAUAGGCCCACCCACUUGGGAGCCAGGCCCACCCACUGGGGAGCCAGGCCCAGCCAAUCAGAAUGAGUUUUUCACCACAAAAGGGCUUUAUUAUAGAGAAAUUCUCCUCAGUUUCAUCAGCCUUCCUGGUGGCUGGUCUCCGACAAUCCCACAGGUGAAGAAGCCGGAUGUGGUGGUCCUGGGGUGGCGUGGUUACACGGUUGGAUGUACUGACAAAUUCUCUAAAACGACGUUGGAGGUGGCUUAUGGUAGAGAAAUGAACAUUAAAUUCUCUGACGACAGCUCCAGUGGACAUUCUUGCAGUCAGCAUGCCAAUUGCACGCUUCCUCAAAACUUGAGACAUCUGUGGCAUUGUGUUGUGUGACAAAACUGCACAUUUUAGUGGCCUUUAAUUGUGCCAUUGCACCUGUGUAAUGAUCAUGCUGUUUAAUCAGCUUUCUUGAUAUGCCACACCUGUCAGGUGGAUGGAUUAUCUUGACAAAGGAGAAAUGCUCACUAAAAGGGAUGUAAACACAUUUGUGCACAACAUUUUUGCGAAUACGCUUUUUGUGCAUAUGGGAAAAUGUCUAUAUUUUAUUUCAGCUGGUGAAACAUGGGACCAACCCUUUAUAUGUUGCGUUUGUAUUUUUGUUCAGUAUAUAAUGUUGAUAUCAUGGAUGGUCAGUCCUUGCAUCCAUAGCUAUGUUUAAGAAUUUGAGUGGUUACAAUUUUCCAGCCUCCAUCCUUUAGCUUUUUACUAAAACAGUGACUGGGUGAAUGCUUUGUUAUUGUUUCAACUGCAGAUUGCCCCUUUAAAUCUCUUGUUUUUAUUUUCCAUAAUAGUUGGAUACUAAAUUCUUCCUCUCCCUUUAAUGUAUGUAAAUGUUGGUCCAUGCAGCCAUAGAUGUCUUAUUGACUAUUUAAGUACAUGUGGGUGGUUUUUAUGGCAGAAAAUACAGAUAACAGUAUAAUUUGAGUAUGAAUGCCAACCCAGUUGAAUGCUCUCUGACCUUCUCCCAUUCACUUGAAUGAAUCCAGGAGCGGUACACGUGCCCCAGCCUAGCCCUUCACCCCCAGCAGGACUCCUUUGUAGCGCAGACCAAUGGUAACUACAUGGCCCUAUUUUCUGCCCAGCGGCCAUACAGAAUGAACAAGAGGAGGCGGUAUGAAGGACACAAGGUCAGUGGUGAUGAGGCCGUGAGGUUGCAUGGGAGAUCAUACACUCUACACACAGCUCUAUAGCUAAAAGCAGUAGUCCCUCUGGUCUGUCAUUUACAAUCCUCUACCAACAAACAUGGUUAACCAAAAACAAUUACACCAAUGAGUCACAUAUAGAACGUGACAUUCAGAUAUGUUAUACAAAUAUUAAAGGGACCUGCUGAGGUUUUGCUGUCAAAAUUUGUCUUACGAGUGAGUAGCCUAUAGCUAACUAUAAAAAGCAGCUGUAACGUUAGUGUAGUUUCAACGUUGGUCCUUUGUGUAAAACAUGGUCUGUCUGCUAAACGGUGCUAAUUGAAAAAAAUCGACAAUCCAAUUAGAAUACGCACAAUAAACAUGUCAUUUAAUUUGUUUAUACAUGUUAUUUCCCCUGUUUGGGAAUGAUGUGCUAAACAGCACUGAGACGCGUAUUACUAACAAUAGGCAUAGGGGGUCUUUAUCUUAAAGCCUCUCAUGUGCAUGAGAUGGCAUGGCGGAGGUAAUAAAGUAAACAGUGUGAAUAUGAAAUGCAUGCAAUAAUAAUAGUAAUUGCUAGGGCUUUUCUACCAGGUGCUCUAACUGCUAUAUGGAGAGUCUCAAGCAGACAGCACAGGAUUCCAACCUCAAUGCAAUCUCGAGCUGCAUUAUUGUAUACUUGUUUUGCAUGAAUUGCCAAUUCCCAUCUACAUUUUGAUAAUUUUUUGCAUUGCAAGUGUCCGAAUAGAAGUGGAAAAUGUGGGCCUGGGUCAUUUGUAAUGUGUAUAGAGUCUAAAUUGAUUUCAGUGCGUUGCUAAUGUGUGAUGGUUUAGGUAGAGGGCUACGCGGUGAGGUGUGACUUCUCGCCGGAUGGGUCCAUACUGGCCACGGGCAGCUCCACGGGCUCCGUCCACUUCUACGACCAGCAGAGUGCUCGGACGCUGCACACGCUGCUCGCACACCAGCAGGCAUGCAUGUGUGUGUCUCUGCACCCCGUGCUGCCCGCUGUGGUGGCGACGUGCGACUGGGGUGGCGAGCUCAGGAUCUGGCAGUGAUUGGCACAGAGAAGGGAAAGAAUUAUAACACCCAGACAUUACAAACAUCCAGCCGUCCUUCCGAUCCGAGCUGCCAUAGAGGAAAGAAACUGCUAAGGGAGGUUACCAUGAGGCCAAUUGUGUGGCAACUUACUCUUCAUACUGAAAUUCGCUUCUAUUUGAAGACAUACCUGUUGA